GUCUACUAGCCGCCCCACUGCUGCCGUCGUACCGUACCUGAGGGCCGCCGCCGGCGCCUCCACCGCCCGGGAACGCCCCCGCCUUCCCGCCUACCACGCGCGUCGACGCUGCCGUCCUCCUUCGUCGGGACACCGCGUCCCUCUGCCGCCGCCGCCACGGCGCCCCCAGUGUGGGGCUCGAGAUCCGCCCCCGACGCCGAUGGAGGCGCCAAUCGAGGCCGACGGGAAGAGCUCAGAGCAGCUCCCAGGGAACGGCUCAUUGCCGAAGAUUGCCGAGAAAUCCCAGGAUUUGGGAGGUAAUCCAGGUAUGGAACUGCCGCCGUUGCAUCAGGGCAAAGAGGUCAUCCUCGUGGAGGACAAUGACAGUGGCCAGGAAGAUGGUGGGAGUGCCAAGGUAGACGAGAAUGCACCCCGCAUCGGGUUGAGGUUCAAGACCUAUGACGACGCGCUCAAGUACUACAAGCAGUAUGCGGUGGAUUCUGGCUUCUCGGCGAUCACUCUCAAGUCGUCGUACCUGAAGUCGGGGGUGUGCCGGAGGCUGGUGCUCGGGUGCAGCCGGUCUGGGAGAGGGAGAGCAAACGCGUGCUAUCUGUCUAGAGAAACAGCAAAGAUAAACUGCCCUGCCAGGAUCUCAUUGAAGUUAAGGCAGGACAGGUGGCUUCACAUUGACGACACCAAGCUCGAUCACAACCAUCCGCUCAACCAGUCCUCAGACUCGCCCAUGAGCUGUUACAAGAAACUGACGGAUGCCAAGAGUGUGGAAAACGCUUCACGGCUGAAAGGGCGCAGGAAUGUUCCGAUAGCUGACAAAGAGCAGGGGAAGUUCACUGAGAUUGGAAGGCUUAAGUUUGGGGAAGGAGAUGAUGAGCAAAUCCAGAAGUUUUUUGGGAGCAUGCAGAAUAAGAAUCCAAAUUUCUUCUACCUGGUGGAUUUGGACAAACAGGGGCGUCUAAGGAACUUGUUUUGGAGUGAUGCUAGGUCACAGGCAGCACAUGAAUACUUUGGUCAUGAUGUUGUUUACUUUGACACUUCAUACCUGACUGAGAAAUAUGAUCUGCCACUUGUUUUCUUCACUGGGAUGAAUAAUCAUGGCCACCCUGUUUUGUUUGGUACUGGCUUGCUUUCGGAUCUAAGUGCUGAGAGCUAUACCUGGCUAUUCAGAGCAUUUUUGGCAUGUAUGAAGGGUUGUUACCCAGACGCAAUCAUCACCGAGCACUACAAUGCUAUUCUAGAUGCGGUUAGAGAAGUAUUUUCCCAAGUUAAACACCGCCUGUGUCUGUAUCGCAUUAUGAGAGACGUGGCCGAGAACUUGAAAGUACACGCGGAAUUCAAAACGAUUAAGAGAGCACUGAAGAAAGUAACAUAUGGGUCUUUGAAGGACUCGGAGUUUGAGGCUGAUUGGAAGAAGAUUAUUGAGGAACAUGGACUUGCAGGAAAUGAAUGCCUCAGUUCCCUACAUGAGCAUCGGCGAUUAUGGGCACCUGCUUAUCUUAAAGACAAAUUCUGGGCAGGUAUGUCAGUUUCGCAGCGUGGGGAGUCUGUUGCUUCAUACUAUGAUGGAUUUGUGUACCCAAAAACUUCUCUGAAGCAAUUUUUCAGCAAAUAUGAGAUGAUAUUGGAGAACAAAUAUAAGAAAGAGUUGCAAGCGGAUGAAGAAUCUUCCCAUAGGACUCCAUUGACUGUAACAAAGUUCUACAUGGAAGAGCAACUGGCCAAAGCCUACACAAUCAACAUGUUCAGGAAAUUUCAGGAAGAGUUGAAAGCAACAAUGUAUUGUGAUGGUAUGCCAAGUAAAGUUGAUGGCCAGUUUGUUACUUUUGAAGUGAAAGAAUGCUCAUACAUGGAAGAUGGAAAGGAGACGGAGAGCAGGAUUUAUGAAGUUUAUUUUUGUAAAGAAGGGCUCAUUGUUGAGUGUGAAUGUGGUUUCUUUCAGUUCACUGGCAUACUAUGCAGACAUGCGUUGUCUGUGUUUAAGUUGCAUGACAUGUUUGAGAUCCCGUCAAGAUACGUCCUUGAUCGCUGGAAAAGAGACUACAAGAAACUGCAUGCUUUGGCACAUUAUCCCAAUGAGAUGCUCCUUGGUGACACAGUGGAGCGCCAUGAUUAUUUGUCUACACAGUGCCGUCAGGUUCUCAAUUUAGGCUUUAUAUCUGAGAGCAGGUACCUUGUUGCUCUGAAGUUACUGAGAGAAGCAGAAAGGACUCUUCUCUAUGAUGGUCAACCUGCUAGAGACAGGCAGCCAAGGCUUCUCUCGUUCGAAGCUGAUGCACCUGAAAAUGGCCAAGGCCUUUUUAGUUCUCAAUUUCCAGAGGGAGCGAAGAAUUCCCUGUCCACGAAUGCAAAGAGUCCUUGUCUGCCAGCAAAGAAAGUGGUAGAAACUAAUCCGGAUGCUGUAUUACGGUCAAAUAAAGAACAGGAUUUUCUACGGUCAUCAUUUGUGCCAACUGAAACUAAUAUGAUUCAAGGGACACCGUCGGCUUCCCAUCUUGAAAGUCCUGACAUGGGAGUGCAAGGAAGCAUUCAUCUAAUGGAAGGGAUAUCUCCAAACCUGACAUUUGGACCUCAUUUUGGAAUGGAUGUUAGUCACCAACAUGAACUGCCUAAUCAACCAAGGAUGAUGCCGAACAACUUUAUGCAGGUACAAGCAGAUCCCCAUGUUUUCGGAAAUCAGUGGGCUUACAACCCAACGAUGCAGGAUAAUCCAAUGCUAAGAACUCCUACUCGAAGAGCAGAGUAGAUUAUGUUCAUUGCUCUAAAAUGUGGCAGUAGAAUUUUAGGGUGGCGACUUCUGAUGUCUGGAUCCCACACACAAUGGAUGUGAAGUGGAGGUAGAUAUGCUUAGAGUUUGUGCAUCUUCAACUUAGGGUAACAAACUUUACAUAUUUGAGGACACAAGUUCUCCAGGCAUAAAUCUUGGAAUAGCAGCAGGAAUUUUUUCCGAGAAUUGACGUGGCAAAUUUAGGAAGUACUCCCUCCUUCCAGAAUUAGUUGACUCAGAUUUGUCUAGAUUCGACAUGUUUUAGUGUUAGAUACAUCCGUAUCUAAACAAAUCUAAGACAACUAAUUUGGGACGAAGGUAAUUCUACAGAAUACACAGAUGCUGGUUAGAAAAAAGGAGUAUGCAGAUGCUAGCAUACAACAAACCUCUUUUUUCUUGGCACCCCGCUCCAGUAGUCCAGUUCUUACCCUCCGCGUUUGUCACUACUCCAUCUUUCUUCUCAAGGGUUGUUCAAUACACUUCGAUUUGGUUCUCAUUUGGUACUUGGCCUCUGGAUCUGUAUUUUUUUUUUCCCUUGGUCAUGAUCGAGCAUGGUUGUGGUUUCCUUCGAUA